AUGAAGACCACUGCCGUUCUCGCCUCCACCCUCGCUUGCGCCGCGAGCACUCUCGCCGCCCCGACGACGACCACCUACUACAACCUCGUGGCCUCGGCUUCGGGCGCCGCCUUUGACGGCCAGUCCCUGAAGGCCAACGGCGGCUUCUGGUACAUCGGCAAGGAGACCAGCUCCACCUGCGGCGACGUCGCGCCCGCCGUCACCGUCGGCUCUGCCGGCUCGCUCGCCUUCCACGGCGACGGCAAGCAGAACCAGCAGCGCGGCUUCGUCGACAUCUCGGGCGCCGCCAGCGGCCUGUUCGGCUACACCCUGCCCGACAAGGCCGUCUCCGCCGAGCAGACCGCCGACAAGUUCUCCCUCACCGGCUCCGAGAUGGACAGCAUCAAGCUGUUCUUCGACGGCGCCUCCAGCUGGUUGGCCUGCCCCACCGACGUCGCCGGCCAGUACAUGGUCUACCCCGAGAAGUCGUACGCCAAGUCCGUCGGCAAGGACAAGUGCACCAAGUUCGAGAUUGGCGCCACCCAGGUCGAGACUCCCAAGGAGGUCUGCAUUUACAACUAA